GUUAGAAAGACAUACCAGAUGAUCUUCUGCAUUUUUAAAUGUAGUACCCUACAGAUAUAGUUUUGGUUCGUAACCCAAGAAAUUAGUGAAUCAAUCUGGUUGAAGUAGUAAUUCUUGCUUUGGCUUGUGCAGCAUUAUUUUCUGGAGUUUUGUAGCAAUGGUGUCGUUACUACCAUUGCAUUUAUUUUCUUUCCCUUUUUCUUAUUCUGUGCCUUGUUUCUCACAAGGUUUGGGAUUUGGUAGCACUGAAGCAUGCAAUUUAUUCCACUUUGCACCUGGUAUUCCAGUUCUGACGAGUUAUGUGCAGCUUAUUAAACUCAAGAAAAUGCUUAGUUAAAGACAAAGGUGCUGCCAUUUGAAAUCCUGGUUUUAACUUGAGAGUCUUUACUGUCCCAUGUUGCUUCAGGUAUUACUGUAAAAGAAAGUAAUUAUGGAAACGCUGUCUUAUUUUAAACUUUGUUUUGCAUAUUUAACAGUGUGUUCUUUUGUUUUUUCAGUAUUGCUUCUUGUUUUUCAGAAAUUGCUCAAAGACUUAGAUGCUACUGGGAGAAGUUCGUGUGCACAUUUUUUGCAUUGAUUUGAGCAUGUGUGAUGCACAGUACAGAUGCCUUAAAUUUUAAGAGGUUGGAUAUGUAUGAUAUGUUGGAUAUACUGUUUCUUCUUCACCCUUUGCCACAAAAAGAUACGUUUGAGCUUCGAGUCUCUGAGAAAACCAUUGAGAAUGGCCGAAGAUAAUUGGCAUAUUGGGGAGAAGUGCCUUGCCCCUUGUCUUGAAGAUGGGAAACUUCAUGAAGGAACAAUAUCUUCUAUUGAAAAGGACAAGAAUGGAAAAUCAUUUGCUGUUGUAUCAUUCUCAGAGUCUGAAGAAAGGAAAAUACUAAUAACUAAACUUUGUAGAGUCAAAGACAGAAGAGGGCCCUGGAAAAGCUUAAUAUUUGAUGAUGGUGAUCUGGAAAAGCCUUAUUUUCCUGACCAGAAUCUUCCGUCUCCUGCAGUUGCUUUUAAAUUAUCUGACAAUGGUGAUUUUAUUCCAUAUACAAUUAACAGAUACCUGCGUGAUUAUCAAAGGGAGGGAGUCCAGUUUCUGUAUGGACAUUAUGCUAAUAAAAGGGGGUGUAUUCUUGGAGAUGAUAUGGGCCUUGGAAAGACAAUACAGGUCAUUUCGUUUUUGGCUGCAGUGUUGCACAAAAAGGGAACACGUGAGGAUAUUGAAAAUAAUAUGCCAGAAUUUUUACUGAGGACAAUGAAAAAAGAACCCAAGUGUAACCCCAAGAAGACUUUCCUCAUAGUGGCCCCUCUUUCAGUGCUUUACAACUGGAAGGAUGAGUUAGACACAUGGGGGUACUUUAAGAUCUGUGUCUUACAUGGCAGUAAAAAAGAUGAUGACUUCAGUCGCAUCAAGCAAGGGAAAUGUGAAGUUGCCCUUACAACGUAUGAGGUACUUCGCCUGUAUUUGGAUGAAUUUAAUAGUGUAGAAUGGUCUGCUGUAAUAGUGGAUGAAGCACAUAGAAUCAAGAAUCCAAAGGCUCAAAUAACUCAAACCAUGAAGUCAUUAAAAUGCAGUGUUCGCAUUGGUCUUACUGGAACCAUUCUUCAGAAUGAUAUGAAGGAACUUUGGUGUGUUAUGGACUGGGCUGUACCAGGACUUUUGGGUAGCAGAGUACACUUCAAGAAGAAGUUUUCUGAUCCAGUGGAGCAUGGCCAGAGGCACACUGCAACUAAAAGGGAGCUAGCAACAGGUCGUAAGGCCAUGGUGGAGCUAGCAAGAAAAAUGUCUGGCUGGUUUCUGAGGCGAACCAAAGCACUUAUCAGUGAUCAGUUGCCAAAAAAGGAAGACAGAAUGGUGUACUGUUCUCUCACCGAAUUCCAGAAAGCAGUGUACCAGGCUGUGCUAGAGACAGAGGAUGUGAGCUUAGUAUUACGAGCAGGAGAGCCCUGCAGCUGCAACAGCAGUCGUAAAAGAAGGAACUGUUGUUACAAAGAAAAUGCUUACGGUGAAACAGUUAAGUCGCUGCGCUUCAGUUACCUGACAAUUCUACAGAAGGUUGCAAAUCAUGCUGCACUGCUGCAGACAGACAACACUAGCAAGCAGCAGGAAGCACAUAUCAAACGGGUGUGCAGCCAAGUGUUUUCCAGUUUUCCAGAUUUUGUGCAGUUAAGCAAAGAUGCAGCCUUUGAAACCAUUUCAGAUCCAAAGUACAGUGGAAAAAUGAAGGUCCUUCAGCAGCUUUUAAAUCACUUCCAAAGGAACAAGGAUAAAGUUCUUCUUUUCUCCUUUUCCACAAAGUUGCUAGAUGUGCUGGAACAAUACUGUAUGGCAUCUGGGCUAGAUUACCGAAGACUUGAUGGAAAUACAAAAUCAGAAGAUAGAAUGAGAAUUGUAAGAGAGUUCAACAGCGUUCAAGAAAUUAACAUAUGUCUUGUAUCUACAAUGGCUGGUGGACUGGGUCUUAACUUUGUUGGUGCCAAUGUUGUUAUACUGUUUGAUCCUACAUGGAACCCAGCAAAUGAUCUUCAGGCUAUUGACAGAGCUUACAGGAUUGGCCAAUACAAACCUGUUAAAGUGUUCAGAUUGAUAUCCUUAGGAACUGUGGAGGAGAUGAUGUACUUGCGACAAGUUUAUAAACAGCAACUUCACUGUGCGGUGGUUGGAAGUGAAAAUGCCAAGCGGUAUUUUGAGGCAGUGCAAGGAUCAAAGGAACAUCAAGGAGAGCUUUUUGGGAUCCAUAACCUUUUCAAACUUAGGACUCAUGGGUCCUGUCUUACCAAAGACAUCCUGGAGAGGGAAGGACGGGUAGAAGCAGGAGUCAUAACAGCAACUACGUGGCUAAAGGAAGAGACUUCUCCAUGCAGCUCAGAAAAGUAUGAACAACCAGAUUGUAGAGAAGAUAGAGAUUCCCAAAGCAUUCAGGCACAAUUACUAAGAGAAGAAAUAGACUUUUGUGAUGACUUUAGUGAUGAUGAUAUUCUGGAAACUUCAAUGAAAAAAUGCCACAGAAGGAAGCCUUGCAAUGCAAAUAGUUCAGUGGAAACCAAGGGACAGCUUUCCUUAAUGCAGUGUGGAUUCUCUAAGCUGUUGCAGAGAGAAGUUGAAGCUACCAAAGAAGAGGAUAAUAAUUACGACUCUCAUCAUUCCAGUUCUGCUGAUCAGACUUUAAAAACAAAUGUAAAUAGCAAACACACUGAUUGUCAGGAAUGUCAAAGCCAUGUGUCUGUUUUGGAGCAUGGGAACACUGAUCACUCACCAGAAAGAACUGAUAAACAAAAUUUGUGUAGUAUAGACUGUCUUAUUUUAUCAGGCUCUGAGGAGGAAGGGGACAUAGAAAGUGUUGAUCAAGGCAUUUCAAAGCACAGUGAUACAGUCAUGAAUACUGAAAACAGUUCUGAAGGUGAUGAUGAUGAUGUCAUCUUUCCUACCCAAGUUUCAGCAUGCCAGCAACCACUGCUUACUAAGAAAGUUGAAUUAUGCAGGUCAACAUCUGAAAAUUGUGAAGAGUUAGCAGAAGAAGAUGAGUUUGUAUUUAAGGAAGACAGUAGGCAAUUUGGAUUCCGUAAUAGUGAGUCAAAUUUCAGCAAAACUGUGUCUUUUGAGAACAUCAAGAACCGUACAGGAGAAUUGAAAGGAGCAAGUGAUGUAAGUGACGAGUCCGAUGAUAUUGAGAUUUCCCAUAAUUCUAAAUCAAGAAAGUCAAAAACUUGCAGCUUUCCGAAAUGGAAAGAAAAUACCCGUAACAGUGGACAAGGUAAUGUCUCAAAACCUCAGCUACAAGCGAAGAAGCCCAAUAGAAAAGAAAAGGAAAGUGAUUCUCAGAAUAUAGAUGAAUUUUCAUCCUCUGAAGAUAACUUGCAAGUUGAGAAAACACACGCCAGAAAGCAAAGCUAUAAGCGUAAAAACCAGAGAGGCAGAGUUCGGUUCGGGUCUAAAAUACUCUAUCCUAUUCAAGAUACCUCUGUUGCACAAAUGAAGACUGGCAGUUACACUGUGUGUAGAACUUCUGCAAGUAAAACUGAAUUUGAGCAUCAGGAGCAGAAAGUGGAAUCAAUGGACAGAUAUUUAGAUGGUGUUCCAGAGGUGGCAUAUAUUCAUUCAAAUCAGAAUGUAGUUGGAUCCAGCAAGGCUGAGAAUCACUUGAGCCAUUGGGCCGUACGAGACGUAUUUGAGUUGAAGCAGUUUUCCCAGCUCCCUGCUAAUGUAGCAGUCUGUAGUGCCAAGUCAACUGCAUGUUUUCAACUUAAGUUUACUUAAAGUUUUACUGAAAAGAAAUGUACAAAGACAGCCAUUCAAUUGAGGAUUAAUCACUAUGGCAACAGAAAUGUGGUGACUGAAAAGGGGGAGGAUGUAUUCUCCCCUCAGCUUCCUGCCAGCUGUCAUAUUCAACCUCUGCGGCAUGAAUUCAGGCCAAAAUAUAGACUGUGACCAGCUCUAAGAAACUAUAUCUGUAUUUUUAUAAAUUCGUACAAGAAUUGCACUAUAAAAGAAGACUUAAUCCUCUGAAUUGGAUGACAGACAUUUGGCAGUCUUGCCAGUGUUUGACAGAGAAAUAACGGGAUGCUUUGUAGUAAAACCUGGAUUAAUGGUAAACCCCUCUUUAUGUUAUUGCAAUGUGGUGUAAAUGAGAGAACUAAGCAUGCUGUCAGCCUAGGAAAAAACGUGCCCUUUGUAUCUCCAAUGCAGAUUUAAGUGCUGUUGAGAAUACUGUAAAUACUAAAGUUGUGUCAUUAAGAACUCCUCUUUAUCUUAUUUGUAUUACAUUGACAUUUUGUAGAUUAUUUAAACAAAGACUUCUACCAGCUAUGGUAACUCUGAUUGCAGUGUGUUUGCACAGCUUUCAAAUUCAACAACUUAAGAUAGUUGUUUACAAAGAGUAGGCUUUUGAGAGAUAACAUGCCAUUAUCCUUGCUCUUCUAGGAUGGGGAAUGCUAUUCAGCUUUAAAAUAAUUGUUCCCAAAUGAUUGGCCUGUAAUGCUGUUUUAUUGAGUUUACUGUUUCAGUUUACAGAGGAAUUAACCAUUUCAGUAUGUCUUUCAGUUGUUUUAUUUUCUUUUUUCUUAAAUGCAGUGAGUCAUAUAUGGCAUGGAAUCAUAGAAUGGUUUGGGUUGGAAAGGACCUGAAUAUUAUCUAGUUCCAACCCUACCACCAUGGGCAGGGACACAUCACACUAAACCAUGUCACCCAAGGCUCUGUCCAACUGAGCCUUGAACAGUGCCAGGGAUGGAGCAUUUACCACUUCCUUGGGCAGCCUGUUCCAGUGCCUCACUACCCUCAUCCUGUGAAUCAUGUAGUUGCAUUUUUAUAUGAUGUAUUUGCAUGGUUUUUGGCUCUGCUACUGUUUGAUGGAGGAAUGAGGGGGUGAAUGAAAGUAGGUGCAAGCCCACUUCUGCUGGAGUGAGCGAUUACCUUAGUUUUGAAUUCUGAGGCAGGCUGAUUAUGUCCUCUCAUUCUCAACAGUAGUAGUAACUGUGUUGGUUCAUGGUCAAGUUUUUGGUGCAAGAAGGUGGUACGCCUUAUAGGAAUUCUUUUUGUUAAAGAGUCAACAAUUUAAAUAGAACUGCUCCCCGUGAGAAAUUCUUGCUUUGUUAUGUGAUUGGACUAAAAACAGAAGUAGAUGUGAAAUAGAACACAGUCUAUCUUCUGUUGACUUAGUAGUUGAUUCUCCACCACCAAGCAGAAGGUUAGAGUUCAUGGAAUGUCCUUCGACUCAGUUUGUACAAGCAGAAAAGCUAGAUAAGACAACCUGGCAAAAAAUAACUAUGUAUUACUCUGAUAAAAUUUCUUUACUUUUAUCAGCAGGUAUAGCUGGUCUCUGGGUGUUGGCAGGGUAUUUUGGAGAAGUAAUUCAGAUCCAGAAUAAGCCAAACAGUUUUUGUAGCUAUUGGCCUGCUGUUAUACUAUCAAAUAUUAGAAACAUUUGUAGUCAUAGCCAACAUCCUGAGUAUUUGUUUAAUUCAGAAAGCUUGGGUAUAAAUGUGAUUGUCCUAGAGUAGUCUAAAAUUUUUAAGCAGUUUAGCUUCACUUUCUACCACAAUUGAGGUAUUGACAGUUAGCUAUACAAUUACCUCUAAUACUUAUUUUGCAAUCUUGUUUUCUUAGAACAGUAGACAAAUUCAGUCUUGGACUGCUUUUCAAUUAAGAAAGUUAAAUUCAGAGGGAAAACUAAUGUCCACAUCAGAAAUAGUCUUAAAAUAUCAUAAGAUUCAGGCUUAUUUCAUACAGCGAAAUGGGUAACUAGCCAUAACCAUCCAAAGCUGUAACU